AUGUCUUCCUACAAGCAGGUCUGCAACUACGGCUCCUACUCGCCCUGCGACGUGAGCUGCCCUGCGCCAUACGCCAACGCCUGGAGCCAGCCCUGCGUCACCUCCUGCGGGGACUCCCGUGCCGUGGUCUGCCCACCCCCCGUGUCCAUCGUCUUCCCAGGCCCCAUCCUCAGCUCCUGCCCUCAGGAGAGCAUCGUGGGCACCUCAGCCCCCCUGGAGAUCGGCAGCUCCUUUGGUUAUGGGAGCUCCUUUGGCUAUGGGAGCUCCUUUGGCUAUGGGAGCUCUGUGGAUGCCCAGAGCUCCUUGGGUUGCGGUGUGUCCCUGGGGGGCAGGUACUCCUACCCCUGCUACUCCCGCAGGUACACAAGUUACAGCCGUGGGAGCUGCGGGCCCUGCUAA